CGACCUUUGCUCGUUGUGCAUGUCUACCAUCAUGCAAUCACGCUGCUGCUAGCCACGUUCAUGUACUAUCGUAUUGGAGCGAUUGCUCGAUGGGGUGUGUUCAUGAAUUUAAGCACGCAUAUUCUGAUGUACGGCUAUUUUUGCGCACAAACACUCACCAAACAAAUACCGAGGCGUUUUGCUGUGAUCAUAACGUUCCUGCAAACAGCACAAUUCGCUGCUGGAUUCUUAAUCGUUCUUCUUGCAAAACGAUACUUAAAAGUCGGCAUGAAGUGCGAAGUGAACGCAGCUCUUUUGAAUUUCAAUUUACUUGCAUUGGCUGCUUUCUUCGUUCUUUUCUCACAUCACUACGCCACAAAAUUCUGCAACUUGGAUGCACAAACGCAAAAUCACCGACAAGAACGACUGAAACGUUUUUGA